UGGCGCGCUCGUCGGCCUCCAUGUGCUCCAGGGCCGUGCGCACGGCCUCGGCGGCCCGCGAGCCGAUGGUCGGCAGCCAGCCCGCCUCGUGGCCGUCGCUCGCCUUCGUCUCGGCGGCGCCGGCGCGACUCGGCGCGUCGUCCUUCGGCUUGCGCCGCCACCAGCCGCUCAUCGCCGCUGGAUCCUGCCUUUAGGCAGUGCCCAUCACGUUGGGGCAGCAGGGGCAAGCAGAGCGAAACAUGGGAAACAUCGGCAUUUUGAACCAUCAUCGCAUGGUCUUGCCAUCGAAAGCUCUUGCUGCCAACUAGGGCGCUUUGCUUUGGCCAUCGAGAGCUCUUGCUGCCAACUAGGGCGCUUUGCUUUGGCACACAAGCCCUAUCAAUGCCCGGCGUGCUCCUCGCCAUGCUCCGACGUGCAUUCAGCAGCGGCGCUGCGCCGUUGCGCCUCGCGGGCAAAGGUGCGAUCGUCACGGGCGGCGGCUCGGGCAUUGGACGCGGCAUCGCGCUGGCGUUUGCUGCCGAGGGUGCCAGCGUCGUGGUGACCGGUCGGCGCGCGCAGAACCUCCAAGAGACCGCGGCGCUCGCGGCGGAACUCCCCGGCACGAUCAGAGCCGUCGAGGCCGACGCGACGGACCGCGACCAGAGCCCGCUCGUCGCGCGGACGCUGGAGACGCAGACCAUCGACAUCCUCGUGAACAACGCGGGCUUCAACGUGCGCGGCCGCGCCAUGGACCGCAUCACCGUCGACGACUGGCACGCGCUCGUCGACACGAACCUCAACGGCGCCUUCCACCUGGUGCACGCGGUCCUCCCGCACAUGCGCGCGCGCGAGGACGGGCUCAUCAUCAACGUGUCGUCCAUCGCGGGCAGGCGCGCGCUGACGCUCUCCGGCGCGGCCUACUGCGCGGCGAAGCGCGGCGUGAACGCGCUCGGCGAGAUGAUCAACCUCGAGGAGCACAAGCGCGGCAUCCGCUGCACGAACAUCUGUCCCGGCGAGGUCGUCACGGAGAUCUUGGACAAACGGGACGCCCCGCCGUCCGAGGCGCAGCGCGCGCGCAUGUUACAGCCCGAGGACGUCGCGGCCGCCGCCCUCUUUAUCGCGUGCCUGCCUCCGCGCGCGCACGUCACGGAGCUCACGAUCACGGGGAAGACGACGCUGCCCGAGAGCCUCUAG